AUGGGUCCAGAGCAACCGGUAGCAGCAGCAGGAGCUGCUGCUGCAACGAAGAGCGCCAGCACACUGCAACAGAAGCACGCAGAGUACGAGCAAACAGCUCUGCGUCUCAGCCUCUGCAGCGAUGAGUCUCUCGCCGUUGUGUUGAGGAAGCUGCUGCCGCGGGCAUUGCUGGAGCUGAUGACCUGUCCGCCCGCGUCUCUGCCCAAGGCAAGCAGAAUCAGGCACAGCAGCAGACUCAGCAGCAGAUGCAGCAGCAGGCGAUGUACCAGUGGCAGGACAAGCACAAAGGUCAUUGGAAUUGUGAACAGUUGCCUCCGUCGUGUUAAAGAGGCCCCAGAGGUUCCUGUUCCUGCGGAGGACUUGCUGAGUCUCCUAGCCGCAGCAGAGCAGCAACAGCGCACGGGCGAGAAGCAGCAGCUGUUGGAGCAGCAACUGGAGCAACUUCAACUCCCUCCCAUUCGAUCUAGCAACAUGUCGGUGGUGAGGGGCAUCGUCCCCUUGUUCAUCUCUGCCGCGAUACCUCGCCUAGACGCACAGAGUCUUUGCUCUCUCGGGCUUCUGCUGCUACAGCACUAUGACAAGUGGGCUGCUGCCAGCUACCCCAAAAUGCUUCUUUUGAUGUUGGAAUGCCUCGCUGUGCCUCAAGUCCUACAGACGCUGAAACAAAGCUGCAGCAAUCCUAUGGGAAUUCGCGUUCUAGAAGCACUUGCUGUAGUAAAGACGGAGGUACUUGUUGACAACGCCACUGCUGCACUAAGCAGCAGGAGCAGCAACAAGUUGCCUUGCUGCAGCGAGCCGUCUCCUUCCUUCCUUGCAGUAGUGCAGGCGAUAUGCGAGCUUCUGCUGCUGGGAGGGGACUCUGCCGCAGCAGCGGGAGCCGAUGAGCUGCUUCAGACGCAGCAGCUGCAGCAGAAGGCGGCACAAGUUGCACGAAGCAUUGACUGGACUGCACUUCACCGACGAAAGCAGCAACGAACCCAAGACGCUCACCGAGGGAAGGUGGGUGCCUUCGUCUGCCGCUGCUUCGUCGAUGUCUUGGGGUCAGAGGAAGCGGGUUCAACACCAGCAGGGGCAGCAGCUGCACCAUCAUCUGCAGCAAGUGCCGCAACUGCAGCAGCAUCAGCAGCAUCAGCAGCAUCAGCAGCAUCAGCAGCAUCAGCAGCAUCAGCAGCACCCGAAGAACCAGGAAAGGGGCUCUCAUUUGGUGCUGUCAAGUUGUGGGGAAAUAGCUGCAGGCUUUCUCGCCAAGAUUUGGUGCUUCAGCAGACGCGUGCGGCGCAGCUGCUAACAAAAGCUGCUAGCGCUGCACCGGUUGCAGACGAGAAAACAGCAGCAGCAGCAGCUGCUGCUGAUGCUGCUGACGAAGCUGCUGCUCCGAUUGGGAACCCAGAGGUGGCAAAUAGUGCCCAGGGCCUGGAAAAGGCAGCAACAGCAGCAACACCAACGGCAGCGGAAACAGCAGGACCACCGGCAAAAGCAACAGCAACAGAACAAGAAAAGAACAUAAUUGUUUUGCCUCCAGUCAUCCUCGGACCAAUCAUUUUGGGGAGCUGCGCCCCUUUUGCUUCGAUCUCCGAUCCCUGCACCGCUGCUCUCACUCGGCUUGCGACUGUGAGCAACACAGAUGACGAGCUGCUGCUGCAGCUGCUGUUUGACCUGGUCCUCCUCCGUCCACUGCAGCAGCUGCAGCAGCUGCAGAAGCAGACGCAGUUGCUUGGCUCCACAAGUCUCCGCACACAAGAACCUCGGGGCCCACUGCCCAGUAAAGUGCAGCAGAAGCUGCUGCAGCAAUUGGGCAAAAGCAGAGCUGCUGCAGAGAGGCGUUUUUGCCUCGCUACGCUGCAGCUACAGUGGGAGGCCCUGGGCUUGCUGCAGCAGGCCUUGCAGUGGGGGAUCAGCGCUGGACAGCCUACAGCCCGCGUCAGUGGCGCGCUGUCUUUUCUCCUUUGGUGCCUGCGGCUGCAGCGCUGGUUCUGCUGUGAUGUGCAUGCAGUAGGUGCUGCAACUGCAACGGGUGCACCUGCCUCAGAUGCAAUCCAGCAACAGCAGAUGCAGCAGAGGAUACUCUGCCCCUCCGCAGCCCGCGUAAGCUGCUUGCUUUUAGACUUCUUCUCCCGGGCACUCGAACAGCUGCUGCUAGUUGCAGCGCCCCCAGCAUCAGAGCUUCUUGCUGCUGACUUCAUGGAUCCAUUUGCUGCUUCCGCUGGUGCUGCGGAAGGGACGAACAACAGCGCCUUCAGCGGAGCCCAGCAAGUACUGCAGCAAUUUAUGCAGUGCUCUUCUGCUGUUUUUGCCGCCAACACUGUGGUGUCUCCUGACCUCGUAUUUCAAAUAAGUCAGGAUACCAUCCCUCCCACGCUUCGUCCGCGCACUGCAGCAGAGCUGUUGCUGCAGCCGGCCACGCGUGAGCUCCUCCCUCUUCUUCUGGACGCGGUAUCCACUGCUUGUCGCGUCUGUCCAGUCUCUCCUUUUCUUUGCAGCAGCAGCAACGGCAGCAAUCCAUGUAGCAGCAGCAGUUGCUCGCUUGUGGGGGCAGUGGAAGACGACCAAUCCUGGAGUGAAUCCUGUGGUGCGAUAGUGACUGAGGGAAUGCUGCAGCUGUUGCAGCAGCUGCUACUGCUGCUGCCCCGCGCUGUUGAGGCGGACGCACAUCAAAAGGGAGUGAAGGCGCAGUCGCAGAGACGACGCGCAGCCUCUGCUGCUCUUUCUCUCAGUGCGGCAUUGGACAACCCCACCACCCCCUCGGCCUUGCAAGCGCUACGCAGCUGCGGCGAUUGGCUGGCGAUGCGGUUGGGUUCCCUUAGAGAGGCUCUGCAGCAACAGACUCAUAUGCCGCAGCAGCAGCGGGUGUCGCUGCAGCAGCAGCAGGACUAUCUUGAGGGACAGCUUCUAACACUGCUGGACUGGACCUUCGCCAUGUGGCUGCGCCCGCCGGAACCUGCACCGGCAACGGACGCACCCCCACCAAACAAAACUGAGGCCAGCGAGGCGCCUCUUGAGACGAGUCAAAGCGAUUCUUUAGCCAGUUCUGCAGCGUCACAGCAGCUACUGCUCCAAGAAGGAUUGCGGUUAGCGGCGAAGGCCUUCCCCACGAACCACCCUGCCCACAGUUUGGAUACCACCAACAUCACCAGCGGCCGCGGCAGCAGCAGCACGUCGAAGGAGGUUUCUGUGGCUGAGACGGCAGCAGAUCUUUUAAAACAAAGUGAACGCCAGGAGCCCCCGCCAUUUGUUGCUUUGUUGCAUUUCUCCCUUCUCCGCCUCAAUUCGAAAGGAGGCAAAGUUGUUAAUGCUGAGGCGGCGCCGUCACAUCUACCAGGACCUGCUGCCGCCCACCUUUCUACGGACCCCCGCGGCGCGCAGCAGCAGCUUGCUGCUGCAGUCAACGCAUCACCAGAAGAAGCAGCGGAGAGGCUGCUGCCCCUUGCGAGUCGCCUCGCAGAGCUGCUGCAUAGCGAUCUCCGGCUGAGUGCAUGCAUGCGCCUUCAGAGUACGCACCAGGAUACGAAGGAAGGGGAACCAGGAGCAGAAGCAGCUACUGCAGCUGCAGCCUCUUCAACUCCCGAUGUGAGCUUACCCUUAAAGAAGCUGCGUCUCUCUUCGAAAGAAGACUUGGGAGUUGCUGCAAGAGGCACUGGACUUGGCGCGGACGACAUGCGCCUGUUUGCGGUUCUUCUCCUACCGUUGCUAGUGGCUAAGCAUUCCGAUGAGGCAGUCAGUGCCUCCAUGAGGUGCACCUUCUGUCGUUGCUGGAUGGGGCUACUAAGGUGGCAGCAGCAGCACCAGCUGCAGGCUGGAAGGCAAGGUGCAUCUCUGUUACCAUUGCUUUCCCUGCAAGUACCCCUGCUGGUAUCUUCAGUUCUGUUUGCACCACUUGGUUCUUCCUUCGCUGCUGCUUCCGUUGCUGCCGGUCCGGCAACAGCGAAGAAACGCGGAGCAGCUCGACACGCAGUACAGCAAACGCGCGAAGAUGCGCGGAGGGCUGCAGCGGAUUUGGUGCGUUCCUUUGCCGCUGCACUGCAGCAGCAACAACAGCAACAAAAAGAACCGAAGAUGCUCAGAGCAUCAGGACAUGAGCCGCUUCUUGAAGCAUUCCUCCCUGUUCUUUCAGGGUCUUCAUUUGGCGUGCAGCAGCUGCGGAAGCUCAAGAUCUUCGCUGCAGAACCGCCUUCGCCGCAGCAGCAGCAACACCAGCAAACUCCUAAUGACGCGCUGUAUGUGCAGCUCGAGGAAGCGAUGAACCAGCACCAGGAGCUGUCUUUGCAAACCGAAGAGAAGCAGAAACAGGAGGUGCAGCGUCUGCCAACACCGGGAGAGCUAGCGGGGAGCUUGGUUGUCGUGGGGUGUGUGUUUUCUGCUGGGGAGAACGACAUGACCAACAGCAGCAGCAGCGACAACACGGACAGGAACAUUACUGUGCAGGCAGUCUCUGCUGUGCUGAAGCACUUUUGCUUCUGGGCCACUGCGUACUGUGGGGAAGACUGUGUGCGGGCCGCGUUUCCGUUGCAGCAGCAACAUCAGGGUCAAAUGGAUGCGUUUGGUGCAUACGCCCAGCCGUGGGCGGACGCCUUGCUGCUGUGCAGCCUGGAGGCGCUAUCGCGAGCUCUGAGGGGUCACUGGCCGUCUGUGCUAGUUGCGGUGCGUUCUCUGGACGGAACGCAGCAGCAACAAGAACAGGAAGAAAAGGAGCAAGAGGAGCAGCAGAGAGGAAACAGAGGUGUUGUCUCCAUGGAGGCCUUGUUGGCCCUUCUAACGACGAUCUCCAAGACUAGUCUUAGCCGCUGCGUGGCUCCAGAGACUGGGCUUCUGCUGCCAGCUGCAAAUACCUCCCAACGAACUGGCCUACUGCUGCUUCAUUCCUCACUGCAGUCAGUUGCUUCUCUGGCAAGUCUCUGCGCAGCUCAGGCCUGCACAUUGAGCAGCACCAGCAGCAGCAACAGCAGCACCGAGACUGCUGCGUGGCGGGUGCCGUACUAUAGCGCCGUCAGGUGUUUGUUGGAGACAGCGCCUCUGGCUGCACCGCCGCUUCGAGCAGCUGCAGCUCUUGCUGUGGUGCGGCUUGUGCUGGACUUACACCACAUGCGCUCAGCUCCAGCGGCAGGGAAAGGAGCAGCAGAGACAGAAAUGCAGGCUCAGGAGGAGACAGCUAUAUCUGGGGAGGUGAAGCAGGUAUUGCUGCUGGUCGUGCAAUUGGUGCAGCUUCAGCAGCUGGAAGCGGCGUCCGACAGGAAGAAGGCCUCAGCAGGUGAGGAGGAGCAAGCAGCAGCAGCAGCUGUUGACGCUGCAACUGCCUCCGCUGCAGCAAACGGCAUCAAUGGAGAGCUUGCUCGUCUUGUCUUCGCCUCACCGAGUUUGAAGGUCUCCAUGUGGCACAGGGCUUCUAGCUCUGUGGUAUGCUGGCUUGCGGCGCUGCUGCUGCAUGCAAAGCAUUUGCCAGAAGUUGCUGAAAUGCUGCUGCAGUUUCAGCGGAUUUUCCUCGCAAGGGUAGGGGAUGCCGAUACAUUUGUGGGCCACUGUGCAUGGAGAGGGCUCAGCCGCUGUCUCCUUGCUGCUUGUUGUGGCAAGACAGCACCACCAGCAGCAACAAAAGGUACAGCAACGCCAGCAGCGACAGGAGCGGCGUCAAAAGGAAGUUCCGGAACGAUGCGAGAUAUGCUGUUACACGAGUUGUCUCUUCAUGUGGGCUCUCGCAUUUCUACUGGUCCCAGUGAGCAGGCGCUGAAGAUGCAGGGCUUCUCUGUACAGAACCAGCAGCAGCAGCAAAAAGAUAGCACGGCGGGAAGCAAAGAGGAAUCCAACGAAUCUCCUUGGGCCGGCUCAGCUGAACUGCAAGAUACGGAAGGAGGCCUGGCAAGGUCGAAGUUACUGCGGCAGCUGCUGCAGACAGCAAAAGAUACUAGACACACGGCUGUAGUGUAUGCGCUGCUUGACCAACCCCUCCCUCCUCUGUUUGUGGAGCCCUUGUGCAUUGCAGCGUGCGACGUCUCCACCCCUAGCUUCUGCCUCCCAGCCCUCAGACAGCACCUUCGGCUCAUCUCCCCCAGGAGUGGAGAUACUGAUGCAGCAGCAGACUCUGCUGCAGUUGCUGCAGGCACCGAAACUUCCGCAGUUUCACAAACAGUAGGAACAAGCGACGAAGCAGUGAAAGCAACAGAAAAUGCAGGCAUGGAAGAGCCAGAAACUUUGGUGGUGGAGGCCCAGGUCGCAGCCCUCAGAUUUUGCUGCCCCCUUUCUCUUUUGUUUGGCCUCUCCGUCUACUUCUGGCACCCAGCGACGCCGCUUAGACAAACUGUGGAGAUGCUGUCACAGGCAAGCAAACACGCGUUCAUGCUUGCACUGCAGCAACAGAAGCAAACGCAGCAGAAGGCCCAGCUUUCCGCGUGGCAACAGGUUGUGCAGCAGAUUGUCAAGCGCCUGCAGAGCGCCAAUCAAUUCCUCAGAGAAGCCGCAUGCAAAGCAGGGGCAGACGUACUGAAGCGGGGCCAUGACUGGGCCGAGGUAGAGCCGUUCUUUUCAGACCUCUGGCUCUCUGGUGCGCGCUGUCUAGAUGACGUCGUUGACGAAGUUAGGGCGGCAGCGGCGGCUUUAGGGCGCGCCCUCAAGGCCCUCACAGUAGAGAUAUGCCACGAGGGGCCUCCCCUAGUGGCCUCACUCCGCAUUCUCUGUCUAGACGUUCUCGGAGAGAGCGUCGCCAACUGCAUCGCAUCACAAAGACGCAAGCAGUCCAAAGAAACGGCCAAGAUGAGCUCUGAGACUCUCGGCAGCCCGGCCGUUGACGCCACAUCCGUCACUGCCAGUGGCAGCAGCAGCAACAGUAGCAGCAGCAGCAGCAAGGACUGGAUGGUCCCUUUGGUGCUGUUCCUGAUUGAAGGUCUGGCUGCCUUUGAGCCUCGUGCUUUCUCUUACCACCAGUUUCACGCUGAGAGACUGCACGGGAUCUCGCAGGCAGACUUCGAGAAGACCCGGGCCCGGCAGAUGGAUCUGAGCGCUGUGGGGCCACUGGUGCAGCCCUUGGUGCAUAAGCUGCGAGGAAGUGUUGGAGUUGCGAGUCGUUGCGGGGUUUGUUUUUUCGUGUGUUGGUUAUUUGACGAGUGGGGAAAUAAAAUCCCCGAUGUGGCCGUACACUCGAAACGGUUUCUCAAGGCUUUCGCCCGAAGUCUCCUGGAUCCUUCACCUACCGUCAGAGGAGCUGCAAUCGAAGCCUUUUCUGUGGUUUGCAAGUUUGCUACCCCGCAAGCAAUGCAAGAGGUUCUAGAGAAGCAGCUACUGCAGCUGCCACCAGCUGAAUGCAUCAACAUUCAAGAGAGAGAGGAGGCGCAGCUGGGUGUAGGGAAUGCCCUUCUGCACGUAUCCAGGCGGGCCAGCGAGCUAUUUAAUGGAGAAUUGAAGGGAGCUAUUGGAGCCUUGGCUUUUUGUCUUCGCCACAGCAGUAACUCAGGCGUUUCUGAGGUGUAUAGGGACCUCUGGACAGAAGUUGCUGGCUCUGAUGCCUUUGGAAUACCCCGAUUUCUCUGUUCUAUUAAGGCCAAGUUACAGCAGCAACUGGCUCUUUCAGUGCGGGAAGAGAGGCUGACUGCUGCUCGCGCUGUUUCGACAAUAGCUGCCCACGUCGCUUCCAUCUGGAGAGAGGGGCUCCCAUCAGAAUUUGCAGAUGUGCAAGAAGUGUCCAUCAUUAGGGAUCUGCAAGAGGCCGUAACAGGGCGUCUGCUACAGGGCCAGGCGUCCUUUAAGGGCGUGGCGCCACUGUACAUCGCUGUAUUAGAUGCAAGCGCUGCUUUGGACGGACUGCUCGCACUGCAGAGAUUGUGUGGCUCUUCAGCAUCAGGAACGAAGCAUGCACCCGAGUCCGAUGCGCAAGCUGCAGCAAGCAGCAGCAGCGCUACCGUCGCCAAGCGUCUACUGCGAUUGCAUGCUAGCGAUAAACUAGCGGUCGUGGCGCACAUCCCCACGUGGCUAAAGUUGCUGCCUUCUGCAACUCGCGCGUCCCAGCCGUUUGAUGAACUUCUUGCCCUUGUUCACUCCGUUUUGCAAAGGGUUGAUCAGGGUUCCCCUGAUGAGGAUGAGUCGACAGAGGAGGGUGGUCUAGAGAAAGGGGAGACUGCGAAACAAGGAGGAACAUCAAGUUACCUCAACAACGGGCAGUUGAACUCCCGUGAUGAAGCUGCACUUCGGGCAGGAACGUUGGCGUUGCUGCGCUUGCUUGGGACUGAUCUUUGUCUUCGACUUGGUGUAGAGUGCGAUAUGAAAGCAGACGAAGCAGCAGACAGCCUAGAGUCGGAAGCAGCAGGUGCUGCCGCUUUCUCAGCUGCUUCGUGGAUCAGCUUGCCGACAAAAGAAGACGAAAUAGGCGUCAUGGUCUUCACCGCCUGGAAAUGCAGCAGCAGCGAUAGAAGCAGCAGCGAUAGCAGCAGCAGCGAUAGCAGCAGCAGCGAUAGCAGCAGCACCAACAACAACAGCCGCAGCAGCAGCAACACCGGACAUGCCGGUGUGAAGGAAUUCCUGGGUUUGUUCGUUAGGUAUCAGUUGACGUCUGUACAGCUCAAAGUUGACCUCUUGCAGAGGCUUUCCGAUCUCCUUUGUUUGCUGACAAGGCUUUCUGUUUGCCUCUGUGCCGUGGCGGAGCCCCAGGAGUGGUGGGCUGUCUUCACACGCCUUGGAGAGUAUCUUCGGCAGCGAAAAUACCCUCGGCUCAGACUUGCUGCAGCAAACACUGUAGCCGAGCUCGUGCGACACUACAUACAUGUUGGAUCGAGCCCAAUCAAACAGCAGGAGAGACUACAUAAACACCAGGAGCAGCAAGAGGAAGGGGGAGAGACAGCUGUGACAGGCGGCACAGGCAUCGAAGGUGGAGACACUGAACUACACCGCAAGUUUUGCUUCCCUGUGGAGGAGUUGCUGACGGUGGCAGGGAGCAUAACAGCAGCAUCAUCAACAGAAAAAGCAGCAACUGAGUCAUUGCAACCAGCAUCUGCCUAUUGGCAAGGGACCUGGUCAGCGUUUUCUCUUUGCGUAUCUCCGCCGUCACAACAGCACCAACAGCAAGACGAAGAGACCUUAAGUGAGGUAGGAGGCCGAGUUCAGGAGAUGCAGAGAUCUCUUCGCCUUCGUCUUAGCGAGGCACAGGAUAGAGAAAACGCCUGCUGCAAAAAUUGCAGUAGCGGCAUUGCCACUAGGCCGGAAUCACCCCACUAA